GGAGAGCGGGAGAAAGAAGCGUCUGCGCUGGCAAGCUCUCCCGGCAGCGCCGAGAGCCAGAGCUGCGGUGCUGCUGCGCCGAUGCUCCGUACGUUCGCAGUAACGGGUAGAGCGGAAGGCUCCGUGGCCAGGGAAGAGCGGCACGGACACGUUCCUGCUCGCUCCGUUGCACCGGAAUUUCGACGGCUGGGUUCGGCCGCUAAAUUGAUGGCGCUACCGGAAGAAAUUUCAGAAAAAAAGGGUGGCUUUUUCGUCGAUCUCUUUGUGAGAGUAUCAAAUCAGGCGGCGGUAAAUACGUAGAAGCAGCUGGGCGUACUACGGCGUGUACCGGACAGCGUUGGCGUGCCGCUCUGCUAGCAGCGGAGAGCCAGAUGAGGAUGCCCGUGAUAUGAGAAAAGCUCUGUCCAGAGAUAUGGAGACGAAAUCAGUUGUACCUCACCCUGUGACACCGGAAGACAUUGAGUAACUGUAAGCUGUGAUGCUCAGUGAAAUUACUAAGAGCGUUAAGUUUCCCGUGCCUUUGCUUUCACUCUCCCAUUCUCUUGUCUUGCGGCACGUCGCAUUUGUUGAGGCCGUGGAAGCGACACCGGGAGCGAUGGGUUGUCAGAACCAGGUCCUCCUGCCUGUCGCUGGUUUUGCUUACCUUCGCCGUCUCUGUGUACCAGCCUGCAUCUCUCUCUCUGUUCCUCAAUCCCUGUCCUCUCUUCUCUGUUCUGCUUUGUUUCGCUGCGUAUGUCCCGUUCCCUGUCCCACCUUUAUGGUUCCUUCCUUCUUCCUCGCCUUUUUCUUUGUCCUUUUGUCCUGCUCCCCGACCCUGUUUCUCGCUCCAUCUGACCGUCCUUUUCCUGGCACCUUUGUGUCUCUGCUCCUUGCCCCCGUCUUUCUCUCCCCUCUGCCCAGUCCUCGUCUCCCUCUUUUGUCUCUCUGUCCCUCUGUCCUCCUUCUGCCUCUGCCCCUCUGUCCUGCUCCCUGCCCCUCUUGUUCUCACUCUGCCCCAGCGUCCCGCUCCCCGGUCCUCUUUCCCUCUGUUGCUCUCUCCUUUUAUCUCUCCUUCUCCCUGCUCCCCAGCCCGGUUCUCUCACGCUCCCGCUUCCUUUUUUUAUUCUCUGUUGCUCUGUCCUGCUCCCCGUGCCGCUGUCCCUCGCCGUACCUCUCGGUCCGGCUCCCUGCCCUUAUUCUCUUUUCCUCCCUCGCCGUGGCGCUGCCCGCCCAGGGUCGUUUCUGCCUCUCUGUCCCGCUCCCCGUCCUGGUUUGUCGGUCGCCGUCCCGCUGCCUCUCUUCCUGCCGCUUCUUCCUCCCUCUCUGUCAGGCUCCCUGUCCCCGUCCUUCACUCGCCGUCCCUUUCCUUGCCUCGUGCUUUCUCGCUCGCCGCCGCCGCCCCCCCCAUCCAGCUGGCUGCCCCUUUUCUCCUCUCUUCUAGCGUCCUGCAGCUGGCUCCUCGGUUUUGGCGGCAGCCUGCAC